UGAUGAUUGAUUGAUACCACUAUUAUCAUGCAUGCACUAUAAUGUACUAGUAUAAAUAGAUGCAAAAGAUACCACCACCAUCAGCCACAUCCAAAUCAAAUACUCUUACUCAAUUAAGCCAUGGCCAAGCUUCUCCAAACCCUAAUCUCCAUCGCCCUCCUCCUCGCCGCCGCCAACACGGCGCGGUCCCAAACGACGACCUUCGCCUACGACUUCUGGGGCGACCAGCCGACCGAGCUCCUCUACCAAGGCGACGCCCAUUUCCCGUCGGACUCCACCUUCCUCCGCAUGACCAAGACCACCUCCGGCAACGCGGUCGGGUACAGCGUCGGCCGGGUCGUGUACCCGACACCGGUCACGUUCUGGCAGGCCGGGGCGCAGGUCGACUUCGAGACCACCUUGAACUUCAUCAUAACCCCCAACCCCGGCGACACGAACCCGGCCGACGGCUUCACCUUCUUCAUCGCCCCCGUCGACCUACCCCUCGGCUUCACCGGCGGCAGCUACGGAAUCUUCAACUCCUCGGGCGUCGGCCCCUCCGUCUUCGCCGCGGAAUUCGACAUCUUCUCCAACCCUGGAGUGGAUCCUAGCUUUCGUCAUAUUGGGAUCGACAUCGAAUCUAAUGUUUCCAAAAAUGUGACCAACGUCGGCGACGCGUUGCUCGGGCAGCAGGCGACGGCCAUCAUCGGCUACAAGGAAGCUACUAAGCUGAUCACCGUGAAAGUCACCGCCGGCUCACAAGUAUACGAGGUGAGCUAUGUGUUCGACCUGAGCACCAUUCUUCCCCAGCAGGUGCAGGUCGGGAUCACCGGGGCCACCGGAGGCCAAGUCGCCGUGCACGACCUCGUCUCGUGGUAUUUCACGGCCACCCUCGUGCAUGCCGGCGCCGCCACCGGCCAAGAGAAGGAAGGGUACAUCCGCCAAUAUGUGUGAUUAAUUUAAAUUAAUUAUCAUGUGUGUGUGGGUGUGCAAAUGGACUUCUCUCUCGUUUAUGUUCUAAAAAUAAGACGACGUUGACAAUAUUGGGCGUCAUGUAUUCGUUUCGGAAUAAGAUUCAAUGUACCCCAUGUUUGUUUCAAGAUUAUUGUCCGUUGCUACAAUUAAUGGACGUAAAAUAGAAUUAUUAAAUAUUCCAUAACAAA